CUCCCAUACCCCACCUUUGAAUCUCAAUCACAAUCAAUCAUCAAACUGACAGAUCUCUAUCUCUCUCUCCUUGUUUCCUUAUUCUCUAGCUUCGAGCUAAACGCACUCGCUCCUUCUCAUUAGAUCUCUCUGUAGAGGAAGAAGAGGAAUGAAGGACUCGCCUUCGGCUUCAUCUAUAGCUGUAAAUCCCAGCCCUAAGAAGGCAGAGAGACCGCCGCUGCUAAAGAAAUCCAAGACCUCAAUUUCCGAUGCCACUCACUUUCCCGGCCCGCUUUUCCCCGCCGUCCGCCACAUCUCUGCUUCCCCUCCUUCCCCUCCCCUCCGCUCUCCAUUUCCCGAUCUCCGUGUCUCCGUCGGCAACGACGAUGCGUCUUCAGCUCAUAGUAGUGGUAGUAGCAUUAGUGAUAGUAGCUUCUCUGGUCGGGAUUGGGUGUACCCGUCUUUUCUCGGACCUCACGUGGCGGGGAAUCGGGUAACAGUGAAAGGUCGGCGUAGUAGUGGUGGUGGUGGUGGUAAUAAUAAGGUGGUGGAGGAGAAGAAGGGGACUGGAAGUGUCUCGAGUAAUUCGAUGAAAGUGAAAGGGGAGAAAUUAAAGGUAGAGAAGGAAGUGAAAACGGCGGCGAGUCAAGUUUUGGUGACUCCACUGAGUUCUGUGACUCGGUCUGAUUCAAGGAGCAGUCGGAGAUUGAGACAUGCUUUGGUCUUUUAUUUUCUCAUUUUCUCUUGUAUAUCAUCUGUAUCUUAUUCAAUUCACCUGCGGAGUAAAGUCAGACAACUAGAGGAAGAGAUUAUUAACCUUCUUACAACAUGUAGCAACAAAGGUGGUGUUGGUAAUAACAGCAUUGAAGUUUUGCAACAUGAAGAUUAUAGCUCAUUUUACUUCCAAAAUGCUGACAGUAGAACUAUCGCUUUGUAUACUGUGAUAUUCACACUCAUUAUGCCAUUUGUAUUCUACAAAUAUCUUGAUUACCUUCCACAAAUCAAGACUCUCUCAAAAAGAACAAAGAAUAAGAAGGAGGAGGUUCCCUUGAAGAAGAGGAUUGCGUAUAUGGUGGACGUAUUUUUCUCUGUUUAUCCUUAUGCAAAGCUGCUUGCACUACUCUUUGCAACCAUAUUUCUGAUAGUGUUUGGCAGCUUGGCAUUGUAUGCAGUCAGUGAUGGUAGCUUUUCUGAAGCCCUUUGGCUAUCAUGGACAUUUGUAGCUGACUCAGGAAACCAUGCAGAUAGGGUUGGUACUGGGCCAAGGAUCGUUUCAGUCUCUAUAAGUUCAGGAGGCAUGCUGAUAUUUGCUAUGAUGCUUGGACUUGUCUCAGAUGCCAUCUCAGAGAAAGUAGAUUCACUGCGGAAAGGAAAGAGUGAAGUUAUUGAAAAGGACCAUAUACUAAUUCUUGGAUGGAGUGAUAAACUGGGUUCACUUUUGAAGCAGCUAGCAAUAGCAAACAAGAGUGUUGGUGGCGGUGUUGUUGUUGUUCUUGCAGAAAGAGACAAGGAGGAAAUGGAGAUGGAUAUUGCCAAGCUAGAAUUUGAUUUCAUGGGUACAUCUGUUAUAUGCAGAAGUGGCAGCCCUCUUAUCGUGGCUGACUUAAAGAAAGUUUCAGUAUCUAAGGCACGUGCUAUCAUUGUAUUAGCAUCUGAUGAAAAUGCAGAUCAGGUUCUUUCCCAGAGUGAUGCACGUGCUUUAAGAGUUGUGCUUAGCCUAACAGGAGUUAAAGAGGGCUUGAAGGGUCAUGUUGUUGUGGAGAUGAGUGAUCUUGACAAUGAACCUCUGGUGAAGCUUGUAGGAGGAGAACUCACUGAAACAGUUGUUGCACAUGAUGUGAUUGGACGUUUGAUGAUCCAAUGUGCUCUACAACCCGGCCUUGCACAGAUUUGGGAAGAUAUAUUAGGGUUUGAGAAUGCGGAAUUUUACAUCAAAAGGUGGCCUCAGUUAGAUGGUCUGCAUUUUGAAGAUGUGCUUAUUUCAUUUCCUGAUGCAAUUCCUUGUGGGGUUAAGGUUGCUGCAGAAGGUGGGAAGAUUAACUUAAACCCCGAUGAUAAAUAUGUUCUAAAAGAAGGGGAUGAGAUUCUUGUCAUAGCUGAGGAUGAUGACACUUAUGCUCCAGUUCCUCUUCCCAAGGUACGUGGAGGUUCUUGUCCAAAACUGAUUGAUCCUCCAAAAUAUCCAGAGAAGAUACUGUUCUGUGGCUGGCGUCGUGACAUUGAUGACAUGAUAAUGCUUGUUUUUUUUGGUCCUGUCAUUUCUCAGGUUCUAGAGGCAUUACUGGCUCCAGGUUCAGAACUCUGGAUGUUUAAUGAGGUCCCAGAAAAAGAAAGAGAAAAGAAGCUUACUGAUGGUGGACUUGAUAUUUCUGGAUUGGAGAACAUAAAACUUGUCCACUAUGAGGGAAAUGCAGUCAUCAGACGGCAUUUGGAGAAUCUUCCUCUGGAAACUUUUGAUUCUAUAUUAAUUCUUGCAGAUGAGUCGUUAGAGGACUCUGUUGUGCAUUCUGACUCACGAUCUCUUGCUACCCUUCUUCUUAUUCGAGAUAUACAGUCAAAGCGUCUCCCUUCUAGAGAUACAAAGUCAACAUCUUUACGGUUUUCUGGUUUCUCACAUAGCUCUUGGAUCCGUGAAAUACAGCAAGCUUCAGACAAAUCAAUAAUCAUUAGUGAAAUCCUGGAUUCUAGGACUAGGAACCUGGUCUCAGUGUCCAGAAUCAGUGACUAUGUGCUGUCAAAUGAACUGGUAAGUAUGGCUCUGGCAAUGGUGGCUGAAGACAAGCAAAUAAAUCGUGUACUAGAGGAACUCUUUGCAGAGGAGGGGAAUGAGAUGUGUAUUAAACCUGCAGAAUUUUACCUAUUUGACCAAGAAGAGCUUUGUUAUUAUGAAAUAAUGAUUAGGGGACGUCAAAGAAAAGAAAUUGUGAUUGGGUAUCGCCUUGCAAAUAGAGAUCAUGCUAUAAUUAACCCUCCUGAGAAGUCAAAACCAAGAAAAUGGUCACUUGAUGAUGUUUUUGUUGUCAUCUCCUUAGAAGUGCAUGGCAAAGAAGAUGAGAGAGAGAUUGUCCACAAAAUCAAACCAAUUUAAGAAGCAUACUGUUUCAAUGGAACUUGAGAAACUCCUCACAACCAAAACCCAAAGCUGAACACCCCCGGUCCCCCAGCCAGCGACUUAUUUUUAUACAAUGCAUACACAACAAUUUUUUCAGAAUACUCAAUCAAAACUUGCGUUGAUCACUCGUCCAAUCCAAUUCGUUAGAUUGAAAUGUCCAUCAUGUCCACCGCCAAGUUCUCCAUCAUCAGAGAAGCAACUCCGGAGCAAGCCAUCUCCCAGCUUCUAUUCCCUGCAUUAUUAUUCAAAUAUGUAACCAUCCAACUUUUGACAGAGAUCAAAAGAUUGUGUUUAAAGAAAAAUGACUUAGACA